AUGGACGAUCUUUCAAUCAUUUUUAUAAGGCAAAUAGGGAAAUAUCAAAUAAACUCAUCUUAACCAAAAAUAGUCAAAAGUCAAAUAUUCUAUUAAGACACAAAUUAGGAAUCUGCAAAAAAACUGCGCAAUGCUAAUCUCUAUUAUUCCUGCAGAAAUACUGAAUAACCCAAUUAAAAUAUUUGUGCUUAAUUAAUAUAAUCCGAGCCUAAUAGAACAACAGAAAAAGAGAUAGCAGUGUUAGAGUUGCUAAGCAAGCAUCCUCACACAAAUUUAAUCAAAAUAUUUGAUAUUAUAAAAAAGGAUCAUUGCUAUGCUAUGUAUGAAGAAAUCCCUAUGAAUUUAGAGAAAUUCUUAAAUUCUGGAAGAAACCUAUCAUCAAUAAUGAAGGAGAAUUUCUAUUGUUAAUUGUUUGCAGGAUUCAAUCAUUUAAAAUCGCUCAAAAUAAUAAUUAGAGACUUACAACCUAAACAUAUUCGAGUCAAAUAAAUAAAAGACAAUGAGUAUGUUCUUUAAAUAUCAGAUUUCAGAUCGGCUGAGAUUUCCGAAGAUGGAUAUGUAGACUCUAUCAAUGGGAUGUCAGAUUUUGCAGCACCAGAAGCUCUGAUCAAAGGGCAAAGCUUAAAUAAUUAGUGUAGUAUCUAUACUUUGGGAAUGCUAUUAUAUUACAUUUGCAAUGAUGGGAGGAAACCCUUCGAAGCAAAUUCAUAUCAGGAUUUGAUAAAAAAGUAAAGAGAAUUCUGUUAGAAUUUAUUAAACUAAAGUGCUGGCAACAAUGAUCACUAAAGGUUGAUAGAAUAGUAUAAGAGAAUGCUAGUUUGGGAUAAAUUUAAUAGAGAGGGAGAUGAUAAUUAAUUCAGAUAAGAUUGCUAUCUUUUGGAUAACACUUAUUUUCUCAGGUAAUCAGACUCUGUUGGACGUGGUCGGUAAGGAUUUGUUGUAAAUGCCUUUAAUAUUUAAACAAGAGAUACAUUAGUGUGCAAGAUGAUUCAAAAGAAGGAAUAAAAUAACGAGUAAGAUUUAAGAGAAGUCUAAAUCUGUGGUUAUCUUGAAGGGGAAAAUCACUAGAACAUAAUAAAAAUAAUUAAAAUAAUUAAGGAUUCAUAAUGGUAUUACAUAUUUUUAGAAAAAUGUGACAUGAACAUCAAGGAAUUCAUGGAAUAAAACAAUCAAUUUACUGAUUAAGAGAUCAUUGAUUUUCUAUCGCAGAUAAUUUCUGGUUAUGAAUAACUUAAAAGGAAAAGCAUUGUUCAUAGAGAUAUUAAGCCAGAGAAUAUUAUGAUUAAAUUUGAUGACAACAAUGAUAAAAUUUACAAAAUAAUUGAUUUUGGAGUGUCCAAGAUAAUUUCUGGUUCACUUUUAGCCCAUACCGAUGUUGGUAGUCUCCUUUAUAUUGCACCUGAAGUAUUGGAGAAUAAUGUUUCGGGCUAUAACGACCAAUGUGAUGUUUUCUCGGUAAUUUACUUUACUUAUUCAAAGCUAGGAGUAUUGAUAUAUUAUAUGAUGUAUAAAAAAGAAUACAUUAACAUCAAUGGUUAGAACGAAAUCAGGUAGUAGCAGAAAUUAUUAAAAACAAAUCCCUUUAAAUGUCCUGACUCAAUGAGAAAUCCUGAUCUAAGAUAGUUAAUUGAAAAAAUGAUCGUAUAUGAUCCAAUAAAAAGGAUUAAUUGGGAAAUGCUGAAAGGUUAUCGUUUGAAGAAGAACCAUCUUGACUUUCUAAAUGAUAUUUAUCGCUACUCUUUAUUUGCUAUACAAAGCGAAGAAUUACUUUGUGAAUUAUAAGAUAAGUAUAGAGACGAUAAAGUCCUUGCUGGUGAUAUCUACGCUCAUAGGAUAAUCCUUUUGAAAUUUGCAAAUUUGGCAUUCUAGAAAAUAGAACAAUCAAUCAAUUAAGAAUACAUCCAGAUGAAUGAGACUGAAUAUAAAAUUAAUAAGAUAUUUAAUGCCAAUGUGUGGAAGAUGAAUAAUAAAUGGAAUUAAUCUCAUUAAAUAUUAAAAUAAAAGUAAUAACGAUUGGAGGAUUACUAAAUUACCAUGCUGAAUGAUGCUUUGAGUGUUAUUUAAAAUAUGGACAUUAAAAAUUCUGAAAUUACUUUGAAUUUCACACAAGUACACAAAUUUUACAUAAAACUACCAAAUUUAUUAAAUAAUUCUACGUUUAUUAAUAAUGAGUCAAUUAAAUUAAAGUACCAUUUAAUGAAAAUGAGAAACUUGCUCAAUGAUAGUAAGAAUGAUUCCUCCAUAGAGUACACUUUAGGACAAGAUUCUAAAAUAUUAUUUUUUGAUAAGCUGUCAAUCUCAUAAAUGAAUGCAUACAUCGAUGAAAAUUAAUGA